AUGGUUUACUCCAAAGAAUCAAGGAUAUUCGUCCUUCUCCUUGCGUUGGUAAUCUCGCUAAACGUACUUUGUCACUCGGUCGACGUAACAACCGUAUUGACUACGUCAACAGUCACCGAAGUUACCGUCACAACUGCCGCACCACAACCACCAAACAAAGCCGAAACCGUUUUGAAUACUGCAACUAAUAUAAUCCAAACCAUGCAGUUUCUUUUCAACUGCGCACCAUUCAAGUGGAAGGGCCCUUUGAAAAUAACCUCUUGUGCGCUGAACUUUAUCGUCCUACUACUCACUGCUUGGGGUUACCUGCUUAAGUACCUACAGGAGAACAAGCUAAAUAGCGAUGCUGAUAUGGAAAAAAUGGUAGGACUCGGCUUUGGCGAGAUGGUCAGCAGAGUCGUCGGAAAAGGCGUUGGAAAAGCUUUCACUAAAAUGGAUAUCACCCAAAAACUGGUGUAUCCAUUUGAAGGAGGCAACCGGCAGAAAUGUCUGCUGAUGACUGUUGGAGAAAACUCGAUAGUACCAUACCACGAUUUGUCUACAGAGAUUUGCUUUGAUCGCCAUAUCCUCGACUCACUAUCUCAUCGCAAUCAUGGCAGCAUUUCUGCUUUGGAUGCAGGAUCAGUAAGCACCUUGGGGCUGGCGGAUAUAUCAUCACAAAUGUCCGUUGUAAGCGAAUUAUACACUCUCUUUGGAGAUUAUACGGUAGAAGUCGUAGGCGGCAUCAUCAAAAUGGCCUCUGCCCUUAACAGAGAGGGCUGGCAAAGGGAAAAGAACGGAUUCGUGGUCUUAUCGAGAGAUCAGCCUAAUGAAAUGCUGUUAAGCGUUCAUAUGUACAGUUCAGGCUUGUUAUAA